AUGGACUCCCAAUCAUUCUACGCCUACGCAUCCUCUGCAUGGCUCGCACUUCAAUCAAUGCCUCUGCUCCUAACGCCGAAACUCAUCGUUGCAUUACUUGCACCGGAUAAUCAUGUCACCACGGAGCCCGAGCUCUACUUCUGCCGCUUCUUGGCUCUAUCCCAGCUCAGCCUCGUUGCGUUCACCCUACUAUCCAGUCAAUCGCCAUACCCAUUGACAGGCUACCACGUUUCGUCCUUUAUCUACAUCUAUAUUUACUACACGACCUUAACCAGUCGCCUGGGCGAAACCCCGACAAAUACCACUGGUCUCAUCCUGGGCCUCAUAGGCUAUGGCUUCCUGUGCUCCGUUGGCAUCUGGGUAAUUGUCUUCUCGGGUGCCGCCAGCCAUGUGAGCAAACGAACGGGUGCCGAUAAGCGGACUAGUGGCUGGCCUUUUGGCAAUGUCAAUGCUUAUAACCCCAAGGUCGACCGGAAAAUGGGGAAGCAAGGUUAA